AUGCUAAAUAAUGAUGAUACUUCGGAGGCAAUAGCACUCACAAAUAUUACACUCUUUCUAAAGAAAACACUUACGACCCUGCAAAAAGUCGAUGAUAAUACCACCAUCAAGGAGACACUCACAAGUUUUAAAAAAGUUUUUGCUGGUGUAGAUACCGGAAAGCUUUUAUUUAAAUUAACAGAGAACAGAAUAAGUCCAGAUCCAGAUGCCAAAUACUGGCAAAAGUGCCUCAAUUUAAUGGGAGAAAAUUGUAAAGUAAUAACGAAAAUAGAAGAAGAAGAAAGUGUGAUUGAAAUCACGGAUGCGUCCACUCGUGGUUUUAUAUCAUCGCAUCUGACAAAUAACCAACAACCAAAUAUUGGUACACUAACAAACCAAACAAGCCAAAGUAGCAAUCAACGAAGUGUACUGGAUACAAAUGGUGCUGUUGAUAUGCCAACCGACUAUAAUGAUGGUAGCCCUUCUCUCUUUCAGGAAAAGAAAAACAAGAGAAAAACAAGAGCAAGUAGUAGAUCCAGAAACACUAUCAACAGCGAAUCGCCAUCUGCUCAGACACCAUCCUCUUCGAGCGAUGAAUCCCCAGAUGAGAAUUCUAGCAACAAAAGAACACCUCCAAAAAGAAGAGCCAAGUCUACUGCCAUUGAAGCAAUCGCUGAAUUAGCGCAGUCUGACACUGAGUCAGUAGAUGUGGCUGUCCCUAAAUCAAAAGCACUCAGGACUGAGAAGAGAUCAUCACCAUCCUCAUCUAAACAAACCAAUUCGACAUUAAGUACAUCAACCAACAAACAGCAAGAAGAUGUUGCUCAACUCAAUGAAACACCAACAACAUCAUCCUCUUCAAAUAAGAAAUCAUCAGAAUACAUAGAAAAGGCAAGAAAAACUGAUAGUCUUACCCGUAGCUGGACGGUAACACUGGAAUACUUGAAAAAAGAAACACCAAUCCCAAACGUGGAAAAGAUUAAGGACGACCUCAAAAAUGCAUCCAUUGCAUCAUCACAACCUAUUGGCUUUAAUUAUGCCAAGCUGGUUAAAAAGACCAUACCAAAAAAUGUUUUGAAAUUAUGGAAGGAUUAUCCACUAACAUUCUUCCUGCUAACUUACAAGAUUAUGCAAGAUAUUAAAGGAAUUGUAAAGAUUAUUACCACAAUAUUAGAAGAGGAUGAAGAACUGGGUACUUUUUAUAGACAGACACCAUAUGCUGGUUGCCCUGCAGUCGAAAGACUAUAUACGAUUGUCCCACCUCCAUAG